GCGGCCACCUCAGUUAUGCAGCAGCGGUGGCCAGCAGCGGCGGCACUGCCAUGCCGCCGGCGCCGACGUGGAUGCGCGAGGUCGCCCGAGAUGACGCCAGAUCGCAGAUCUCACACGGAGCCUCUGAGAUUUCGCUGACGUCGCGCGCUUCCGACGCGGGCUCGGUAAAGGACUCUGCCUCGGACGCUGGCUCGGCGGCCACGAUGGACACCAGCCUCUCUGCCGGCACUCUCGCCUCGGCCGCGUCCACCGCCUUUUUCCCGCCCACCGUCCACUUCUUCUCGCUCGACGACUUUGCUGGGCACGAGAUCCACGCGAUACUGGAGAACGGCGAGGGCGAGCACGGCGAUCACGACCCUGCUGUCGACUUCCACGAGGAGGCGUCCUCGCAGGCUCGCUCUGUCCGCCCCGGCUCGAUCGUCUCCAACCUCGAGCAGCGGCUCGGCGAGAUCGAGGGCGUGCAAGGCGUCGAGGCAUGGCCAGAGGCGGACACCGUGCUGGGAGGGGCUUGCGCCGGCUCGUCCUCCUCCCACGCCGGCGAUCAGGCUAGCCCGCCCGCCCAAGCAAGGGAUGGGACGCCGGCACGCCGUCACCACGCCCCCGCCCCCCGCCCCCCUCCCCUGCACCUCUCCCUCGCACUCCUCUGCCACCGCGGCUGGUGCCCGCUCGCAGGCUCGCGGUCGGGCCCCGCCUCUGUGUACUAUGGCCGCGAGCCAACGCCGCCGCCGCUCGCCGCCCCCGUGGCCUCCGCCAGCCGAGCCGCGGCCGAGCCAGCAGCACCAUCCUCGCCACAGCCGCCGCGGCGCCGAAAAGCGACGUGAGAGUCGGCGCCGGGGCGAGAGAGACGAGGCGGCGAGUGCGGCGGCUUGCUGAGCAUGUUGAGGCAUGAGUGAGAUCUAGUGGGAGAGGGGAGAGGCGAGGGUGUCGAGAGACUGCAGCGAGGGUCCCGUGUGAACUCUCGCGCGUGCCGCUUCCCGCUUGCUGCGAUCUAGCUUCUUGGGAAACGAUGCAUCGUGUGUGGUCGAUGGCCGUAUAUAGAAGGUACCCCUACAAGGCG